AUGGCCGCCUCGACCAAGACCGUCGCCGUCCUCCUCGCCGUGGUGCUGCUCGCGCUGGUCGCGUCGGCGGCGGCCAGCAGGAAGCUGGAGGAGGACGCGCUCCUGGGAAGCCUAGCCCUGGCCCCUGCGCCCGCGCCGGCCGUGGGCGGUGCCGCGGGUCUCGCUGGCUCCAAGCCGGGGGCGUGGGCCGUCGCCGUCCUGGUGUCUCUCAUCGCCUUCCUCGCUAACUGA